CUCAGUUUUUGCUGUUCUAACAAAAAUCCAAAAAAAAAAAUGAAAAAAUCAAACAAAAAUUACACAAUUGGAGCUAACAAAAGGCGUUUAAUAUGUCUACUGUCGAUUGCAAUUUGCAUUCUACUCUACUUCAAAAUAAAUUCUGUAUUAUUCGAUGCCACAAAACGGGAUCAUUUCAUGGAAGGAUAUUUCCUGAACACCUCAGGAUGUCACAUGCUCGCCAUGAAUCCUUUUUCGAAGACAGCUUUAUCAUAUUUCGGUCAAAUGCAGCCUUUGGAAUGCACGAAAAUCAAACUAUUUGAUGCCAAGACAAUCAAUGGAAGAAAUUAUCUAGUUUUGUCCAUGUCAACUAAAGAAAUACUCAAAGCAUGUGAAGUUAAAAGAAUUGCUGAUGUGCAUUGUGAAUACCGGAGAGUGAAGCGAUACGAUGACAAUUCGAAUAAAUAUUCGCAUACCACAAAUUUUAAAUUAACUGAGGAGUUGAUUGAGGUGAAAAGUGGAGCAACAGUUUUAAGGAUUCAAUGCUUUGGCAUAGGAAAUAAAACAGUUUACCAUGAUGUGCAUUUCUUUAUACCACCUCCAAGUGAAGAACCUCCUCAAACUUUUCAAAAGAAACAUUUAUCUGUGAUGAUCAUAGGCAUCGAUUCGCUUUCGCAUUUGCAUUACUUGAGAUCGAUGCCAUUGUUGGAUGCGACGAUAGAAACUUUGCCACACGUUGAGUUCUGGGGUUAUAAUCGUGUUGGAAGGAAUACUUAUCCGAAUUUGGUGCCUUUAUUCAGUGGAUUGAAUGAUGUUGAGCUGGAGGAGAAGUGUUACAUAGGCAAACACGAUUACGAUGAAUGCAAUUUUAUUUGGAAGCGUUUUAAGGCAGCUGGAUUUAAUACAAGCUACGCUGAAGAUACUUUUAUAGGCGGCACAUUCAAUUACGGCAAAUGGGGAUUUAAUAAGUCACCAACUGAUUUUUAUCUGCGAACUGCAAUGCUUGACAUCGAUAAAUAUUGCAGAUACAGCAUCGAUAAACAGGAGGAUAUACAUUGCACUGGCAAUCGGAAGUACGCAGAUAUUCUACAUGAAUUUCUACACAAAUUGUUGCCGCAUUUAAAGUCUGGGCCACACUUUUCCUUCUUCUGGCAAUCUCAAGGUGUGCAUGAUUAUUACGAAUACGCACAGUUCUUGGACAAGAAAUAUCAGCAUUUGAUAUAUCUUCUAAAAUCGGAACGUAUUUUAGAGAAUACUUUCGUUUUUCUUAUGUCUGAUCAUGGAUUGCGUUAUGGUCCGUUUCGUGCCACUUAUCAGGGAAUGUUGGAGGAAUCACAGCCACUUUUAAUUGCCAUUUAUCCUAAAUGGUUUGCCAAGAAAUUUCCCUUGGCUGCCAUCAAUCUGAGGAGAAAUGCUCAUCGACUUGUGACCACAUUUGAUAUGCAUGCCACACUGAAAGAUUUAACGGACUUGCAACAAAUUCGAGAUGUGGAAAUUAAAAGUCGCGCGGAGCUGCUCAAAAUCAAGGCAUAUAAAAUACCUCGAGGAAUAAGUUUAUUUCUCCCGAUUCCCAAAAAUCGAGACUGUGAAAUGGCGGGAAUUCCUUCUGCUUUUUGUCUGUGUCAGAGUUUUAAGAAAAUGGAAACUAAGAAUGAAAAAUCAGAGCGUGCAGCUCGUUUUAUCGUGGAGAACAUCAACACUUGGAUCAGCGGCUAUACAAAGUGUCAAACGUUGCACUUAGCCGAGGUGCAUGAAGCGUAUUUGUUGCACAAUUCAAACAACUUGCAAACGGACUUUGAGGUCAAGAUACGAGUCCAAACAUCGCCUGGCAAAGGAAACUUUGAAGGAAUUGUGCGUUUUAUGAGCGAUGUCCUGAUGUUAAAUGGUCCCGUGUUGCGUACAAAUAAAUAUGGCAAUCAAUCGCAUUGCAUUCACGAUUAUCAUGUCGAGAUGUAUUGCUAUUGCUUGUAAUGCGUAUUGCGAUAUAAUUGUAAAUUUCAGCAUUGCAAUAAAGCGACAUAAUGCAUUUCGAAAGCGACAAAGUUAUC